AUGGCUGUUCACUCCAAAGAUGAGGCUUUGAUGUGUAAGGUCUUUCCAUCUAGCUUGGGCCUGGUGGCGAUGAGGUGGUUCAACGGUUUGAGGGCGAACUCUAUCGACUCCUUCAAGAAACUCACCCGAACUUUUGGUGCUCGCUUCAUUACUUGCAGCAGGGUUCCUCGGCCUCUGAGAUCUUUGUUGUCUAUGUCCAUGCGGGAGGAUGAGAAUCUGAAGGCUUAUUCGGAUAGAUACUGGGAGAUAUUUAAUGAAAUAGAAGGAGAGUACGAUGAUGUGGCCAUUAGCACUUUCAAGGCUAAUCUUCCAGCCGAGCAUGAUUUGAGGAAAUCUCUAACUGGUAAACCUAUUACUAGUGUACAUCAAUUGAUGGAUCGGAUUGACAAGUACAGAAGAGUAGAAGAAGACCAAUUACAGGAGAAAGCAAAGGCUAAGGUGAUCCCUCAUGAGAGGAGGGAUUUCAGGUUGAACCUAUACAAUAAUAACCGACCUCGAAAAGACUUUGUUGAGCAGUCAGGAUCUGCUAACACCUAG